UUAUCUUAUCUUCUAGAUUCGGUAGAAUUGGGUCCAACUUUGAAAUAUCCAUAAAGUGAGCUAUAUAUAGAGAGAGAGCAAUGAUGGUUUUUGUUGAAGUGAAACAAACUCAAACCCUAACAUGUCGUUGACUCAUGAAACUGAGGACAGAUUCGGCGAUCUGCCAGAUCCGGUUGUCUUUCACAUACUUUCCUAUUUGAACACCAAAGAGGCCUUUCAAACUUGCAUACUCUCCAAAAGAUGGAACAAUCUCACAAACAAUCUUCCAAUCCUAAUUCUAGAUUCCGACCAGUUCGAAUCUCUGGAAAAAUUCGACAGGGCACUGUCUCAAAUUCUAUCUGUUCGCAAUGGGUUCGAUGAGGACGACGAUUCAAAUUCCGUUCUCGACACUCUAGAUUUGACCCUUUCCCCAAUUGAUUUCUGGGUCCGUGAUAGUUUCCCGUGGACUGACGUAUUCGUCAAACGCAUGGUAAGGUAUGCCCUUUCACAUAAUGUCCGGCGAUUACGAUACCCUAUCACCUGUAAUAAUAUUCCGUUUCAACCUAUAUUUGCAUCUCAAACUUUAUCUUCUCUUGACCUUUCUGUUCCUCGUUGUUUUCGAGAAUUAGGUUCAAUAUUUUUAUUUCCGACUCAUCUCAAUUUGCCCUCAUUGACACACUUGACUUUAUCAUAUUUUCGAUUUGGUGCUGCCGAUGAUGGUUGUGCCGACCCCUUCUCCGCCUUUAACAAGUUGAAUACUUUGACCCUUAUAAGUUGCUUUGUUCUUAAUCCACAAGUUCUUAAUUGCGCUACAAGAAUGUAUCGAGAUGAUAAUAAUCAGCCAUUAAAACUCCGCAUAUCUUCGCCAAAUCUUUGUAACUUUUCUUUUAUUGGUAAUACAAGUCAAAAACUAUGUCUCACCCAUCUUUCUUCUCUUAAACACCUAUUCAUUGAUGCUGAACAAAUUGGCUUUCGAAACUCUGCCGCCGUCGUUCAAGAUGAUGCUGCAGUCCUACUCAGCUCGUUGCAAGACCUUCCUAAUAUCAGAUCAUUGACGGUCUCUUCUAAUACUCUGCAGGUUCUAUCUCUUGUUUCCAAUUUAUUCGAGGUUAAAUUUACUUCCUUCUAUAACUUGGAGUCACUGGAAGUACAAAUGAAACCGAUUUCAGGUCAAUUGUACACUAUUUUGUGUUUUGGCAAGUUCAUGAUACCAGGCGGCAUUCAGCCGUAUCAAGCUACAAUCAUACCUGAUGGAGUAAUUGACUGUUUGAUUCAAAACUCGCCUUCAGCAAAUGUUAGCGUCAUACCAUAUAAGAUCCAAGAUCCAAGAGAAGCACAAACUAGAGGUCGGAGGAAAUUCUUUGGUAAAAAGCAUACAAAAGCUAAACAAAUUUGAUAUGCUAAACUUCUGUCAGGACACCAAUAUCAAUGGAGGCGAACCAUCAGAAAUCUUUCUUGAGAUUUAUCUACUUUCUUGCCUUCUAAUUUAUCAUUAUAUUUUCUAUUUUACUGCAAGUAUUGUAUUCCAAGAUUUAUUUAUUGUUUUUUUUUUCUUUUCUAAAUAACAUGUUUAUUUAUUUUACUCUCUUCAUUCUAGUGUAUUAUAUUUUCUAUUUUAUUUGAUCUAGUACUAGACCUCCAUUUUUUGGAAUAUUUUGUUGAAUCGUGACAACUAAUGACAUAGUAUUUUAUAAGUCACAUUUUUCGGGUGAAUUAUACGUAUUUAUGAAGCUUAGGCUUGUUAAUUCCCGUGGUGUUACUAAUGAGACAGUUCACUAUGAUUAUUUUGAUUUUAGUUAUUUGCUUAAUGACUUGAAUGUAUAUGUCUUACCACUGGCAAACUGAUUUGGAGGUUCCUGAGUAUGGUGUAUGACCUUCCCGCUCUUGGACCCAUGACAUUAUAUGUUGACCUCGAUGCUUACUUUUGAUAUUUUCUAUUUUAUUUGAUCUAGUAUUAGACCCCCCAGAGGUCUUAUUUAUUGGAAUAUUUUGUUGAAUCGUGACAACUAAUGACAUAGUAUUUUAUAUGUCACAUUUUUUCCGUGAAUUAUACGUAUCUGACCUUUCAAACUCUGCGGUGACUGGCGCACGGGGUGCUUGUGGUUGAGUCUUCCGCUCGCGUCAUUUGGUGUGGCUGUUUGCGGUCGGAGGGCUUCAGAGCGCGGAAGAUGAGGUGUUUGUCGGAGCAAAGCAGAUUGUUCACGUGGCGGGUGAUGUCUGGUGGUGGUCGGUGGUGCGGAUUGGAAUAAUGGCGUGAUUUUGUUACAUGUUUAGUGUUAUGGUUAAAAGGUGAUAAUGAAUGACAAAUUUUGUUGUUUACAUGAGAUAAAGGUAGUGUUAGAAUUUAUGAAUGGUUUACACAAAAUACAAAAUGUGUAGAAAGUUCGUGAAUUAGUGGAAAUAGGUACAAAAUUUACUCUAUGAAUGUAUGUACAGUGUUAGAAAACCUAUCAUAUAAGAAAGUUCACACAUUUCCUCAUUUCUUAGCUAUGCCACAUCAGCUUCUGUUCCCUCAAAAAGCCACAUCAGCAUCCUCAAAAUUAACUUCUCCCUCCAUCAUAAUUGGCAGUUACUAAGGGUCCUCUUCCCUAAACUGUUCCUUUUCUUCUUCCAACUCCUUUUCUCUUUCGCUUGAGGCAAAAAAACCCAACAUCUUCAUCUCCAUUCAACUUUCGAUCUUCACUCCUCAAGAACUCUUCGAUCUUCCUUCACAAACUUUCAUAUGUGCAACACAACGUCACUGUACAACGUUAUUUCAAUCACCUUCAUGAAUUUGGCGCAACUGGCGCAAGUGGUUUUCGGUAUAGAAUGGCUCAUGAGUGUGUGUUUAAGUAUAGACAUAGUAGUCAUUUUCCUGAGUUGUAUGUUGAUGAUCCCGGUGGUUGUAAAAUUUGAAAGUUGUACCUCUGACUUCUUUCCUUGAUUUCACAGAUUGACAUCUUAAUGUCCUUUAUCUCAGAUGCACUCUGAUGACGAGAAAUCCAAGUUUUGAUUAGGCUUGCAACCUUGCUGACUAAAGAUGUGCAUCCAGGAGGGUUGGCUCUAUAGUUGAGCGGAAGAUAUUCUUCAAUAACAUCUUCAAUACGAAAUGAUGCUUCUCUUAGAUACUUCACCCAAGUUCUUUGUCCAUCAUUGGUUUCUACUUCAUCUGCGGCCCUUAUGUCUGCAUCUGUAAGAAAGGAUUGAAUGAAUUUGAGCUCAUCUUUGAUAUCUGAAAAAUCUAUGUGUAAAGAAGCGCAAUAAUUUUAGAUUUCUUCAAUUCUAAAGUUUCAUCACCCAGAAAAUAAACAUUCAGGUGUAACUUAUUACAUAUUAUCCUCAACUCUGGCAUCACAAAAAAAUAUACAGUAUUUAACUUCAGUUCUUCAUUUCCAUUUAUCUUGAAUCUGCCAAGCUAUAGCUCCAAAUUAACCUAUAAUACGUUCAUUUCUGGCUCUCAUUACAAAAUGCACAACUUCCUCGCUGAAGUAAUCUUGCCAUUUGUGGAAAUUGCAGCAAGUAGCAAGAGAGACGAACUGACUAAAAGUUUAUGCUAUUCUUGAACAGCUUCAUGACAAGUUCAAUAAGCAUGGAAAUCUUCUUGCUGUUAGUACGGCAGAUAGCGGUGUUAAAAUUGUUGCCAAUGCAGAGGGUUUAAAUCCAUGAGGCGCGUUGAUGCUACUGAUCCAAAGCUUUGUAUCUACUUUAAUUCGGCAGCAUGAUUAAGGCUUCUCAAAUUCUUCGCAUAAUUACAUUUCAUUCUACACAACUUCCCGGUCUAAACUACCAUUGUCGUGAGAACUUUGAGAAGUUGUGGUGCUGGCUGUACCCUGUAGUGUGUGUAAUAUCCAGGGACAAGUUGUGGUGCUGGCUGUACCCUGUAGUGUGUGUAAUAUCCAGGGACUGGGUAAAUCCUAUAUGGAAUUCCAUUUCACCUAAAUGGAUUGAAGGAUUCAUCACCAAAGAGGACGCAACAGGAUUUCAAGAACCUGAUACUUUUAUACUGCAGGGUCCAACCUCAAGAAGCUGGCCUCACCCAGAUGUUGGUAGCCUGACUAUUACUUAUGUUAGCAGUGACUACAAACUUUGCCACAGACUACUUUCAAUGGAUCAUAUUUAUAGCUCCGAUAAAAUAACUGGCGUGAGACCAUUGCAAGAUAUGCUACUGGCAGAACCUGAGCUGACUCGGUUGGGAAGGGUAAUGAGAAGGAAUUAAGCACACUGAUGUUAUGGCAGAUUGUCAUUAAAUAUCCGGUCAAAGUUGUUUUUCAAGGUUCUAUUGCCAUUAUUGACUCAAAAAGGAGGAUAUAUGUAAAAAAUACUUUAGGGGUCGUAUUUUUAACACUAUAAUUGAGAGAAAUUUUUGAACAAGAAAUUGUGAUUUUACUAGUUAUAGAACAUAAAAUGUUAGCAUAUAAAGUUGAAAUAUUGGUAUUAAUAUUUUUAUAAUUUUACCCAUUUUAACCAAAAUUUAGUCUUUUACCAAUACUUUUUAUUUUUCUCAAUCACAAUGCGCGAAAACGACGGGUACCCGUAAGACACUAGUUUACUAUAUGAGUGUAUGUGCAGUGUCAUAAAGAAAACAAUGUAAGUUAAUAAUUAUCAACUUUUUUAUAUCAAAUAGUAACAAACCUGACGGUUUCUUAUAUGAAGCGCUCAUUUAUUUAUAUAAUAUAUUUAUUUUAAUAAAAAUGAUAUUCUUACACUAUUUUCUUACACCUAUUUUACUAUUCACCUAUAUCUAUUAAAAAUAUGGGCA